CUCACUGCCAAUUUAUCACCUCAUUUUUACUUCUCAGACGCCUAUAUAAAUCUUCUUUCAUUCUGAGUCCCAUUUCUCAUCACACAUUAUGAAAUAUUUAUAGCAAAUAUUCUAGUGUAAAAGAUGACUGCCAGGGUUUCCAUUUUAGUGCUUGUUGGUUUUCUUGUUUGCGCCUGUACCGAUGCUAGGAAGCUAAUAGUGAGUGAAAAGGAAGUAGAUGCACUUGGUGAGAAGAAAGCAUUCUUCCCUUCUUUCCCUUUUUAUGGUGGUGGACUAGGUUGGACUGGUGCUGGUGGGGGCUUAGGUGGUGGAGGAGGUGGUGGUGGUGGUGGUGGAGGUGGGGGUGGGGGUGGCAAUGGGGGUGCUGGAUAUGGUUUUGGGAGUGGAUCUGGGUUUGGGUUUGGAGGAAACGAAGGGUUUGGUGGUGGUGGUGGUGGAGGUGGAGGCGGAGGUGGUGGUGGGGGUGGGGGAGGCAAUGGGGGUGCUGGAUAUGGUUUUGGGGGUGGAUCUGGGUUUGGGUCUGGAGGAAACGGAGGGUUUGGUGGCGGUGGAGGUGAAGGCGGAGGUGGUGGCGGGGGCGGCUCACAUGGUGGUGGAUAUGGCCAAGGAUAUGGUGGAGGAUUUGGAGGUGGAAGUGGAAUACCAUGA